AUUUUGUGGGUUUUUUCUAAGUUUGAAGUUAAAUUUGAAGAUAAUUUCAGUUCUGGAAGCCUGAAAACAAUCUAUUGAAAGACAAUGGAGGUAGAUGGUAAUGCGGUUUUAGCGAAAGCAUUGAAGGAACAGGGCAUCGAAUAUGUUUUCGGCAUCGUUGGAAUACCGGUUGUGGAAUUGUCCAUGGCGAUGCAGGCGGAAGGGCUGAAAUAUGUAGGAAUGCGGAACGAACAAUCCGCAUGUUACGCAGCGCAGGCAAUCGGAUACCUGACGGGCAAACCGGGAGUUUGUCUUGUGGUGUCUGGUCCAGGGCUGUUGCAUGUGACGGGAGGAAUGGCCAACGCACAAGUAAACUGCUGGCCACUGCUUGUGAUCGGUGGCUCAACCUCCCAGGAUCACGAAGGAAUCGGAGGGUUCCAAGAGUGUCCUCAAGUGGAGCUGAGUCGACCGUAUUGCAAGUAUGCCGCUCGACCGCCAAGCGUCUCGCUGAUUCCACUGCACGUCGAAAAGGCCGUCCGGUUGGCUUGCUAUGGUCGACCAGGCGCUGCUUAUCUCGACUUUCCGGGCAAUCUGCUUACGGCUAAGAUAACUGAAGAUGCCAUACCGUCACAGUACGGUCACCCUGCACCACCGCUAGCAUUCCCCGAUCCAUCUCUGGUAACUCAAGUAGCUCAGCUUCUGGCCAACGCCCGGCGACCGUUGGUGAUCGUCGGAAAAGGAGCUGCUUAUGCGCACGCCGAGCUGCAGGUUCGCCAGCUCAUCCAUCAAACAAACCUUCCGUUUUUACCAACGCCCAUGGGAAAGGGUGUUGUUCCGGACCAGGAUCCACAAUGCAUUGCACCGGCUCGCACGUUGGCCUUGCAGAAGGCGGAUGUUGUCCUUCUGCUCGGUGCUCGUUUGAAUUGGAUGCUGCACUUUGGACGCCCACCUCGCUACAGUGAGGAUGUGAAAUUCAUUCAGGUCGAUCUUCAGCCCGAGGAGCUGCAUAACAGCGUGCUGAGCAGUUUGGCGAUUCAAUCGCACAUUGUUCCGUUCACCGAACAGCUGAUUGAUGCUCUAGCCAAGAAGCACUUCCGAUUCGACGAGCGCCAGGAAUGGUGGAAGGAUUUGAAGGCGAAAUGCGACAAAAACCGUAAAACGGUAGAGCAGAUGGCACUGAACACGGAAACGCCGCUCAAUUAUUAUGCGGUAUUUACCCACCUGCAGCAGUACAUUCCAAAGGAUGCUAUCAUCGUUAGUGAAGGUGCCAAUACGAUGGACAUUGGCCGUACGCUGUUGCACAAUAAACUAGCACGCCACCGACUGGAUGCAGGAACGUUCGGAACAAUGGGUGUUGGUCCUGGGUUUGCCAUUGCAGCGGCACUUUUUUGCCGGGAUCGAUUCCCCGGAAAGAAAGUGGUGUGCGUGGAAGGUGAUUCUGCAUUUGGGUUCUCCGGUAUGGAGUUAGAGACGAUGGUACGGUAUCAGCUGCCGAUUGUGCUGGUGAUCGUCAACAAUGGAGGUAUCUACGCCGGGUUUGAUAAGCAAACGUACGAUGAUAUGCGAUCGGGAGGAGAUUUGACGCAGGUAACUCCAGCCUCGGCAUUGACCUACGAAACGCACUACGAGAACAUGAUGAACAUGUUCGGCAUGAAAGGGCAUUUCGUUCGAACUAUCCCGGAGCUACAGGUUGCCGUUAAAGAGUCGCUCAUUGCCACGGAUAGACCGAACGUGAUUAACAUAGUUAUUAGUCCCCAGGCGGACCGUAAGCCGCAGGACUUCAAGUGGCUCACUGAAUCAAAGCUUUAAUCUUUCGACGGGGUAAAGGGUUCUCACUAAAAGUGAAUCGUUUUUAAUAUUGGGAUAUCCAAUUGGCCGCGGUAUAGGCUUAUGGUGCAAUAAAUCAGGGUUUUUAAUUCACAAA